GGUCGUGGUGCCAGCAUGGCCGGGCCACGUGGCUCGCGUGGCCGCUUCCGGGUAACUGGAGGACCGGCCGGGUCACGCCGUGCUUCGCUGGGGAGCCUGACCCUCUUCCUGUCUCGUCCAGAGCCCAUUCAGUCCCGGUGCGCGGUCCUCCGCUACACCAAGCUGAGCGACGCCCAGAUUCUUGCCAGGCUGCUGAGCGUCAUCGAGAAGGAGAAGGUGCCGUACACGGACGAUGGCCUGGAAGCCAUCCUCUUCACCGCCCAGGGUGACAUGAGGCAGGCGUUGAACAACUUGCAGUCCACCUUCUCGGGAUCCGGCUUCAUCAACAGUGAGAGCGUGUUCAAGGUCUGUGACGAGCCCCACCCCUUGCUGGUGAAGGAGAUGAUACAGCACUGUGUGAGCGCCAGUAUCGAUGAGGCCUACAAGAUCCUCGCUCACCUGUGGCAUCUUGGCUAUUCCCCAGAAGACAUCAUUGGCAACAUUUUUCGAGUGUGUAAAACCUUCCAAAUGGCAGAAUACUUGAAACUGGAGUUUAUUAAGGAAAUUGGAUACACUCAUAUGAAAAUAGCGGAAGGUGUGAACUCCCUUCUGCAGAUGGCAGGGCUCCUGGCCAGGCUGUGUCAGAAGACAAUGGCCCCGGUUGCCAGUUAGAGCAGAGAACUCAUUCGCCGGGUUAUGAGUCCUCGUCACUGAGAGGCAGGAGUCACAGCCUUCUGAUUCGGAAAAAGUGCUGCCUUGGACGGCCCUGGAGUGCAUCUUCCUGGCCGUCACCUUGCUUCCAGUACGUCCCCCCCUGCUCCUCAGCCUCAGACUCGUGGUGGGGUGACAGCAUAUGGAAAGGCCCCAGAGACCCUCCAGGGCCCAGUACCUGAUCUGUGCACGUGUUGGCAUUUUAGUAAUAAAACCGUACAGCUUUGUCAGCAGAAAGGUGGCGGUGCAAAGCCACAAGGAAAGCUGGCUUCCUGUCUCUGUGUAUACGCCCCUAGCGUCCUACAGGUAGCAAGGUGAUUUCGAUAAUAGACUGGACAGGCUAAUCUCAAUUUUUCUGGAAGCCUAGAGGACAAUCCCACAGGGUGAGGCAGGGUUUGGUGUAAUUUAUCAGCUUCUCAGAACAGCCCGGGGCCCUGAGCCCUUCAGAAAGGACUUGGCAAGGAUCACGGAGGAGGAUGGUGCAGACAGGCAUAGGGGACCCUCCCACCAGGUCGCCUUCUCUGUGCAAACGGGUGCACUCAUUUGCUUUAGAAUUUCCCAGUGAAUUUUGCCUUAGUUUGUAGAA